GACUGUGACAGUCUGAGUGUUAUUUAUUUAGCAACUGAUUUGCUGAAAUAAUAAUAAUUAGGACUACAGACGUACAGUACUUCAUACUAACAAGAGUACAUAACCCUGUACUCUUGAUACUAAUCACAGAGCCCAUGAAUCCUGGCCUGUGAGUCUCCGAGGGUUCGAGUAGCAGAUUCCAUUGAGGACGAGGACCGGUCGACCAGCGGUUGGGUUGUGGACACCGCCUACUGCUUACAGGCUCGCUCAACGGCCUAUCGAUCUGCAAUCUGGGAGGGACUUCGCUCUCCGAUGAUUGGCUAAAUCUGUGUGCAUUGAAUCGUAGACCAGCAGGCCAGAGCGGCACACAACUUCACAAGGAGCUACACGUACACAGGACAAAACUGCAUUGCACUUGAUCAGUACCCGAGUGUGACUUACAGUUGUCGCAAUGGCAGGUCGAACAGUCGCUACCAACCAGCGUCCUAAGCAGUUGGAUGAGAAGAGUGACCUCAGCUCCAAAGAGUCACAGGAAAUCUUCAACACCGUCCAGCAGAACCUAACUCAUCUACAUAUUCUAGAUGUUGGUGGAAAGGCACUAGAUGGUCUGCUGCAGCAGAAGAAAGGAGAGCAAGAAGAAGCGGUCAGGCAAGCUGUUGCUGCUGCCAAUGCUGCAGCUGACCAAAGACAGAUGGUGGCUCUAGGCUCUGCACAGGUAGAGACCGAUCGUCAACUUGAGGAGCUAAGGAAAGAACUUGAUGUUGCCACGAAGAAGGCUGUGAUGGAAAUGAAGACAAUCACCACACAGGAAAUGGAGGACAGGAUGGCCGAGGCGCUGGAUAAUGCGGCAGAGGCAGCGGAGCGUGCGCAGGCGAAUGCAUUGGAAAGAGCUGCGGAAGCGGCUGCCAUCGUAUGUGACAAUGCCAUCGAGAAAGCCAGAGCUGAAGAGAGAGAGGUAGCACGAAUCAAUGCCGAGCACCUUGCAGAGAAAACGAGGAUACAUCUGGAAAGCACAAUCUACAACAAGGAUGAAGAAAGAAAGUCCGCUCUGGCUGACUUGACAACAGAGAUGCUAGUGGCACAAGAGAAGGCUUGUGAGGAAACACGAGUAGUUGAAGGAAUGAAAUGGCAGCAAAAGAUGGACGCUGAAAAAGAGAAACAUGAUGGUGAGUUGGCUGAGCUACAACACCGGCUUGACAAACAAGUAGAAACCAAUCAAGACCUGGAGAAGAAACUUCGAGAGACAGAAGACCAAUUCAAUCAGCUUAGUACCAGGCAUGCUGAGUUUAUGGCCGAAUACAAGAGAUUUGUUGACUCUGUACCCAAGCUAUCCAGCGGCUUCCUGCUAUAACUAGUAGCCUGCCCGGAUUGUGCACCCGUGCCGACUGAAAACUCUCCCCCGUGCGUCUUCUUCGCACUGAUUGGCAAAACAGCAUCAAGUAUAACAAAGCCGGCUAGUUACCCGGCAGUAUAGCAAUGAUGUUAUCCCACAGGCUGUUGCUGGCACUGUAAGGGUAUUGCAAGGAGAGCGGUGACCCUGGCAUCUUUCUGAUACAUCUCACUGUUUUCAGUGGCACACCACUGAGCAGUAAAGCUCACAGGUGCACUCACGAAAAUAGCUCAUGCUGGGUAGCUGCCUUCAGUGUAGACAACCAUCACUAUACAGCAGCAAUAAAAUUUAUUGUUGCUGUAUUCUUAUUAUUUAAUAAUAAGAACCAAGUUGAUCCUGUUUGCACCUUUCCCUCAAACAAACAAGUUGAUCCUGUUUGCCAUUCGCUAUAAUUUACAAGAGACGCAUUCAAGACUUGAAGCUUUUUGAAGCUAGCGCAUUAUUGACUUCGGAAAAAGACUUUGAAGUUGAUAUUGAACUUGAAGUUGCCUGAUGAUCGUAGUAAUAUGUGAAACUCAGAGUUGUAACAAAGCUUCCAAAUUCUCUCUUGUAUUGAACUUGAAGUUAUUAUUAUUAUGAUUACUAGUGCUGCGAUGAUGCUGUGAAUAGAUGACCUGCUGAUUACAUGACGUAUUAUAAGUAUCAAUUAUUGUAAAAAUAAAAUGCAGGGAGCUUGUUCUA